AGAGUCUUCCAAAUCUCACUGACGCCAGCUCUCCUUUUCUCCACUAUGCAGGUCUCUGCCAUUCUUCUCUGUCUGCUGCUCACAGCUGCUACCUUCAGCAUCCACAUAUGGGCCCAACCAGAUGGGAUCGUUCCGCCCACAUGCUGCUAUGUAGCCAAGAAACAAAAGCUCCCCAUGAAGAACCUCAAGAGCUACAUAAAGAUCACCAGUAGUCGCUGUCCCUGGGAGGCUGUUAUCUUCAGGACAAAGAAGGGCAUGGAAGUCUGUACUGAAGCCCAGCAGGAUUGGGUCCAGGAGGCCAUGAAAUACUUAGACAAGAAAUCCCAAACUCCAAACCCUUGAAGAUGUGUGCCUGAACAGAAACCAACCUAGAAGCCAAGAAACAAACAAACAAACAAACAAAAAAAUAUGCAACCUUUCCCUUUCUGAGAACUUUGCCAAGAUGGAUUGAUUAUAUUUCUAAGGGAGAGGAGCUGUCUGUAGGAAUGUGAAAGGGUUGUGCUUAAGGAAUGAUCUUUAAGUUAUUGAUAUUUUUAUUUAAUUUUCCAUGUACUUUUGUGUGAUUUGAAUGUAAAGCCCUGGACACUUCGUGUCUCUUUAAUGUUGUUCUGUUUGUAGAAAGCUUCCUCCAUUUACUCUGUUCCUGUAUUAUGAAGGGGAUAUGCAAGAAUCAG